GGCCGCAUGCCAAUUAAUCAAUCAAAUCAAAUCAAUCUUGUGUGAUGAAGCGUUGGUAAAAAGUUGAGCUUAUCUUUCUAUCGGCUCCGGUGCGUAAUUUUAUCCCUGUACAUUUUAGCUUGGAAUCAUAAUCCUAGCUUUUAUCAAAAUAAAAAAUUCCCUUUCAGUUUGAUAAUUUGAUAUUUCUGACUUCACUAUACUUCUCCAUUCCUUUCCGCAUUCCCCUACAGCCCUCACCUCCUCCAUUUCAGGAGUUCCAGGAGUAUGGCGUUAGCGACAAGAAUGAUGAGGUUGCCGGCCUCAGCUGUUGGUCUUCGAACCAUCGCUCAACGAUCAUAUGCGACGUCAAAUCGGGUCCUUCUCUCCAGUGCGCGACCCAAUGCCAGAGUCAAUGCCAACAAGACUGCAAUCUCCCAAAUUGCCCAACGCACUUACGCAGAUGUCGCUCCUGUUAUUGUGAAGAAGCCAAAGCGAUUUAGAUUCUUGAGAUAUAGUUGGCGUCUCACGUAUUUGUCUUUGAUCGGAGGAGCCGCUUAUCUUGGAUAUGAAGUUUGGGAACUUCGACAUCCAGAGGAGCAAUUCCAGCCAGAUCCAACCAAGAAAAACUUGGUCAUUCUUGGUACUGGAUGGGGUGCUGUGUCUCUUUUGAAGAAACUCGACACGGAAAACUACAAUGUUAUUGUUAUCUCCCCACGAAACUACUUCCUGUUCACCCCUCUUUUGCCAUCAUGUACAACUGGUACCGUCGAGCACAGAUCCAUCAUGGAGCCUAUCAGAAGCAUUACCAGACAUAAGAAAGCUGCUGUUAAAUUCUACGAAGCCGAAGCCACCAAAAUCGACCCCGAGAAGAAGACUAUCUCCAUCAACGACAACUCUGAUGUCAAAGGAGCUUCCCACACUACCGAGGUCUCAUACGAUAUGUUGGUCGUCAGUGUUGGUGCAGAAAACGCAACUUUUGGAAUUCCUGGUGUCAAAGAGAAUUCUUGCUUUUUGAAGGAGAUCGGUGACGCACAAGCAAUCAGAAAGAAGAUUAUGGACUGUGUAGAGACUGCCACUUUCAAGGACCAAUCCCCAGAGGAAGUUGAACGUCUUUUGCACAUGGUUGUCGUUGGCGGUGGACCUACUGGUGUUGAAUUCGCUGGUGAACUUCAAGAUUUCUUCGAUCAAGAUAUCAAGAAGUGGGUUCCAGAAAUUAGCGACAAGUUCAAGGUUACUCUCAUCGAAGCUCUUCCAAAUGUUCUUCCUAUGUUCUCCAAGCAAUUGAUCGAAUACACCGAGUCAACUUUCAAGGAGGAGAAAAUUACUAUCAAGACUAAGACGGCCGUUAAGAAAGUCACUGAUAAGACCGUCGAAGCCGAGGCCAUUGGACCAGAUGGAAAGAAGUUCACUGAGGUCAUGCCUUACGGUCUCCUUGUUUGGGCCACCGGAAAUGCCGUCCGCCCUGUUGUCAGGGACCUCAUGGCACAAAUCCCCGCUCAAAAAGACUCAAGGAGAGGUCUCGCCGUGAACGAGUAUCUCGUUGUUCAAGGAACCAAGGACAUCUGGGCCACUGGUGAUUGCGCAGUUGCAGGAUAUGCACCAACAGCUCAAGUAGCAUCACAAGAAGGAGCUUUCUUAGCCCGUCUCUUUAACACCAUGGCAAAGACCGAUACCAUCGAACACGAAAUCCAAGAGUUGAGUUCAUCUUUGAACCUUGGGCCUGGAAACGCCGCCCAAGUUGCUAAGGAUAUUGAAGCGCAUGAGAAGCAAUUGAGAAGAGUUAAGGACAUCAAGCCUUUCCACUACACACAUCAAGGUUCCAUGGCAUACAUUGGUAGUGAAAGAGCUGUUGCAGAUGUUAGCUGGUUGAAUGGUAACUUUGCUACCGGUGGUAAUUUGACAUACCUGUUCUGGAGAAGUGCAUACUUGAGCAUGUGUUUCAGCACACGCAAUCGUGUUUUGGUGGUCCUCGAUUGGCUCAAGUCUAAGGCUUUCGGACGUGAUGUUUCUAGAGAAUAGAUGAUAAGAGGGAGGAGAUAAAAAAAGAAAAUGGGCGGGUUGGUCGGGUAGAUGGGAAUGAGGAGCGCGUGUAACAAAUAACGAAUUUCCGGGAUAGACUGGUUUUGGUUCCUUCUUGAACUUUGCAUUGGUGUUUUUUAUAGAAUCUCCGGCUCGAGCUCGUGGAGAGUCGUUCGGGGAGUUCGAGGGCGCUGCUAUACUAUACUUUGAGGAUUGAAUGAAUAUGAUCAUUUUCUCUCUCUUUCUAAUAUGCGGUUUCAAUGUUUAGGAGGGUGAUUUGUUUGAUAGGUGAAAUAUGCAUAGCAUAUAUUUCUACAUAGAUGCUGGUUUCUGCUAGAGUAAGAAUUGCCCCAUCAUCUCCUCUUUUAACCA